AUGGGACGUAGAGACUCAGAUAAGCUUACAGUAAAGAAAGGAGGAAACGAAGAGAGAAUACGUAAACUUGAAGAGGAGAACCAACGUUUGCGUGCUCAAUUGGCUGCUUACCAGCAACGUGAUAAAUCAAGCGAAGAUGAAAAUUCUCCAGAACUUGGUGGGGAAACAAAAGAACAAGCUGGCACCUCAGAACCUCUUGAGAAUAAACCCCAAACUGACUGCUCGGGAUCACUUGAGCUAGGGCCACAAGCUGGCCACUCAGAUCAUUUUGAGCUUGUUAGACCAUACAAGCAAGCUGAUAUUUCUGGAGCAAUUAUUCUUUCUUCUCAAACUUAUGAUUUAUCCGCGAUAAAAGACGAACUGACCAGUGUCGAAAAGGUGGAAAAUACUGAAAUGGAGCUCAUGAAAUAUCCAGAUCAAAAAAAUCCCAGCGACGUGUGUAUUCCUGAAAGAGACUUGAUGAAAUUUCAAGAAAUCCUCGAGAAAUUCUGCAAUGAUAUAAUUUCUCAUUGUAAACGUCGCUUCCAAUCUCUGGAUUUUUCGGAGAUAGACGGCUCCCUGGCAUUUUUUCUCAGUCAUUAUCUUCAAAUUGAGUCGGAUGUGUUGAGGUUUCAAAUGAGGACAGCGAUGGAAAAAUUGAAUAAACAGGAUCUUGGUUUGGAAAACGCUAUUCGCCCCCAAAACUUAUUUCCUCUGAAACACAAAGAUCAGUCUAUAGUUGAUGAGUAUUCUGAGAAGUUGAAGAAUAUCAACGAUUUUGUUGGCGAUGAAUUUAACAAGACGGGCCAGGAUGGCCAAAACCAUGAGAACGGACGGCUGGUAGAAGAAUUCACACUUCGAAAUUUGAAACUAGAACUUUUAAUGCUGGAAGCCAAUUCAUCUGUGUCAGUUCAGGUAUCUGAUAAUCGCCCUUGGAAAUCAGUAGACUGGUGUUUGCGUGAAUUAUUUCAACAAGAGGAGCUUCUAAUCGCAGAAAUCGAACAAGCUCGCAAGAAAUAUUUGGAAUGUGAGCCAAAGAUCUGUGCAAUCAAACAAUUUCUGGCGAAAAAACACGGGGAGAUUCUUGAAAAACAGGAACAAGACGUUAAAAACUCGUAUAAAGAACUGCAUCCAAUUUUGGAAGAGAUUCAAAGAAAGAGGGAGAAUAUUUCGAAGGAUGACAAAUUUGAUGCUUCAUUCAAGCAUCUGAUUGCGAGUUUGGAGAGCAGUGAAUAUAGCGUAUCAGAAGUCGUAGAGAAGAAAGAACAUUUAAUUCUUCUCUCCAACAAAGUCUGUAGGAAACUUAAUGGAAUCAAACUCCAACUAGAUUGCGUCAUUGGCCUAGUCCCUAAAGCCAUCAAGCUGGAAAUAUUCCAAAAUUUGUUGGGAGCUCUUGGUGAUCUUCAAGACACGUUGGCUGGAAUUUUGAAAAAUUUCAAACAAGAAAACAAUGAAUCAGUGCUUGUUGAAGGGAUGAUAAAAUGGGCAGCAAACACAGGAACGGUUAUUUCUUUUCUCACAGAGACAAUCCUUAAUUUACCUGGAUAUAGAAUUGAGGAAGAGCAAUUGGGUCCGAUCGAUGGUCUUCUGAAUCGCUCCAUUGACGUCUACUCUCCAGAAUUAUUCUUCAAUUUUGUACGAGUCAUAGGAAAAACAGAAGAGACAAUCGACUAUAAGGAGGAAAUUGAAGACCACCAGCGUAAUCUGGGAAUCUUGAUUGACGAGAUUAGGAGUAUGACCGAGUAUAAAUGA